AUGAAGAAGAAGAAUGUGGAGAUUUGGGGAGGGGUGAGGGGUGAGGAAGCCUAUCAAUGUAUGAAUGAGAGCAGUAAUGGAAAUUUGAGUGGGGUAAAUCAAAACGAAGACUUGAAUGUAGAAUGUGCACCUUCAGACAUUGAUGAUCCAAUGGAAAGAGGUCCCGUAAGAAGAGAUGGCGAUGCUAACUUUCCUAAGGAUGGCGACGAGAAGAGUAGACAUUUCUCUUCUGUGCACUACAUUUGCCAUUUACCUAAUGGAGAGAAACACGAUAGAAAAUGGCUAGUAUACUCAGAGGCUCUGAAUAGAGUGUUUUGCUUUUGUUGCAAAUUGUUCAAGCAAGAAGGAAACAAGACUCAGUUGGCCAAUGAAGGAUUUAAAGACUGGAAAAAUAUUGGUGUUAGGCUUAAAGGUCAUGAAAAUAAUUGUGAGCACCUUACUUGCAUGAGCAAAUGGAUUGAAUUGGAGAGAAGAUUGAAGAAGAAUCAAACAAUUGACAAAAGUCUUGAAAGAAGAAACAUUGCCAAGAGAAGUGAAGAAACCAAUUGA